CUAUUAAAUCUCACAAAAUCCAUCAACAUCAAGAAAUAAGAAAACACUUACAACACGAAAAAAAAAAUGGCCAAGAUCAAAUCUUUAGAUGUUGUUGGUACCAUCGCAAUAAUUUUGUUGUUGCUCGUUGCAGAACAAGCAAACGCAUUCACCGUUGAUGCUGAUUGUUUUGGACCGUGCACUCCCAACUGCCAACAACUCUGCAUAUCGAAAGGUUACAAAGAUUGGACUUGUGCAUCUUUUAGAAUGGGGACAAGCUGUUGCUGCAAACCACGAAAGCAGCAAAUGUUUGAACAAGCUUCUCAAUUGAACAACUAAAACCAUUUUUAAUAUUAUAUUGUAACUUGUAUCACUAAAUAAGUAUUUUACUUAUAUAAAAAAAAAAAAGAGAAUAAAUCGAUAUUUUUCUUGUUUUUUCA